AUGUCCGUAACAGCUGAGGAUGUGGACACCCUGUCGUACGCAGAACUGCAGCGGAAGUGCAAGGACUUGGGCUUCUCUGCACGAGGCACCGCCACGGUGCCCAGCCGCUUGGCGCAGAACGCUAGCACCGCGACCCCGAGCCACAGCAUCCUGGUGGGCCUGGCCAUGCUGGGCCUGCUGGGUGGCCUGGCGCUGCCCUACGCGGCGCAGCACAACCUGGCGCCCAGGGCCGCGGCCUGGGCGCAGCGCGGCUACCGCGCCGCGUCUGCUGGGGCCGAGCGCGCGGGCCUGCAGGCCCGAGCCGUGGUGCGGGACGGCGCGGGCGAGGUGCGCGCCCAGGCGGCGGCGCUCGCCGACAGCGCUCGCCGCGCGCGGUACCACGCCGCGCGGCGCGCCGGUGCCGCGCGAGACGCGAUUCAACGGCGCCGGGCGGACCUGCACGUGGCCGACUCCCUGUCGCGGGGUGUUGCGUGCGUCAAGGCCGAGCUCGCCGCCGCCCUGGCACGGGCACGCAUCGCGGUCUGCACGGUCGUAGACAAGGUCCAGACCUGGGUGCACGGGGCCGUCAGGCGGGCGCGCGGAGCGAUCCCUUCUUCUCCCGCCAAGGCCGCGAGUGGUCCGGCGGCCGCGCCAGCUGCAGGCGGGCCGGCGCCGACGGCGGGCGCUCCCUGCCCCGCCGACCCCGCCUUCCUGCAGACGCUGGUGCCGCCCGGCGAGCAGUGGCGGGCCCAGCUGGACGCCGCCAGCGACAUACUGGACGGGGAGAAGGUGCACCAUGCCAAGACGCAGGCCACGGUCCUGCUGCUGGCCUAUGGAGGCGAGGAGCAGAGGUCGUCCAGCUUUCCUCAGUUGGCCACCGUGGCCCCCAAGGGCUGCGUCAGGAACAUCGACGCCUGGAUGUUUGCUGAGCCUGGCCUCCUCCAGCGCAAGCUCGCCAACGACCUCACCGCCCAGCCCUCCACCAUCUUCCACGUGCACCGCGUCGAGAUGCUCCCCCCGGCAUCCGUCCCCGUGCUGGUGAAUGCGUUGUCCGAAGGCGGCGGCUUCGAGUAUUCGGGGACCGUCUCCGCCUCCCAGGCCACCUUCAUCCUCAACAUGGUCGUGCCCCGCGACUGGCUGGCCGCGGUCGACGGCGACGCGUUUGCGACCAGCGUGAAGGACGCGCUGUCGUUGACGCUGUCGACCCACCCCAACGCGACCGACCGCGAGGCGGCCGCGGUGGCCGCGGCGGCCCUGCGCCGCCGCAUCGACGUCGUCCUGCCGGCCGGGACGCCGCCGCCUCCCACGAGCGAGGUCUUGCUGGGAGGCGACGGCAGCGCGGCGCUGACGGAGGAGGAGCUGAACGUCCCCCUCGACCUGGACGCCAUGCUGGCGGAGGACCCGGAGCUGAUGGCCAAGUUCCUGGAGGGGCUGGACGCUGCCGACGCCGACGAGGACGGCGACGACGAGGCCGAGGCCGCCUCGGAGCCGGUGGACGACGACCUGUAUGACGACGCCGAGGAGGAGGUGGCCCCGCCCGGGGUCGACGUCGAGGACCCUUUCGCAGGUCUCGGCACCGAGGACCUGGACCUGCCCCACGUCGACCUCUGA